AUGACAAAUUUUGCUGACAUGGUAACCAUUGGGGAACAUGUUAAGAGUGGGUUGAAAUCAGGGAAAAUCACGGACACGACCGCGCAACAGACAACCAAUAAGAAGUCACAUGGGGGCUUUGCUAAAAAGAAGGAGGGGGAAGCAAACGCUAUAACGACGAGGGCUCUCCCCCGAUAUCAAUUUUCGAUGGCCCCUAUGCCAUAUUACCCGGAUCCAUACGUCGCUACAGCUCAAUACCAGCAACCGCCUUUCCAGUAUCAACCGCAAAAAGGAAAUCAACAAUCAACGCCCGCUCAAAAAAAUCCAAAUCAACAAUAUAACCGGGCGAUCGUACCAAAAGAAUUACCCGCGACCACUCCUCCAUUCCACGCCAAGCACGAUCCUAACGCUUCGUGCGCGUAUCAUGCUGGAUUCAUAGGAUAUUCUACAGAAGAUUGUUGGGCGCUUAAAUACAAAAUUCAAGACUUAAUCAACCAAGACAUCCUGACUUUCUCCGAAGAAAAACCGAAUGUAAAGACUAACCCAUUGCCAAAUAACUGUGGUGCAGCAGUCAGCGCCGUGAUUGGAGAGGAAAAUACUAAAUUUAUACUGAGGGCCGAAGAAGUGAAGACUUCGAUGUCCGUUGUAUUACAGAAACUUGAACAGUUUGGGUUUCUAGAAGGGGUACAUGAUGAUUGCACAGUAUGCAAGUUCGAUCCAGAUUAUUGCGACCGACUGAAGGGUUGCAUGCAAGAACUGAUGGAUCAAGGGUUAAUACGAUUCUCCAAAUCUCAAGUAGCAGAUGAGGUGGCGGUAAUUGAACCAAUAACAAUUGUGUACAGGAAAAAGAAGGUUGAAGCUCCUCCUAGGAGGAUUCAACCGAUUCAUUUCCGUAUUCCAACUCCGUCCCCGUAUCAGAAUACCAAGGCAGUGCCUUGGAAUUAUGAGACCACAACAUAUUUGGGGGGAAAAGAAAUUUGCAUUCCUGACACAAAAAUCGUCGACAUUACUGGGACGGGAGGCAUGACUCGAAGUGGCCGUGUAUUUGCUCCUAAAUACACUCAUAGGGUGUCUCCAGCACCCACAGUUAUCUCGCCUAAAGAGAAGGUAACUCCUAUGUCGACUCCGCAGUCAGGGGAAACUGUACUCGUCACUCCGACCAUGACGAUUGCUCCAGUGUUGACGAAGAUUAUUGACAACAAUAAAGCUGUCGAGGCUGAAGCAUCCAAGGGUAAGGGGCCAAUGGUUGAGAAAGAACAACUUGAAGAUCACAAGAAGAGUAUCACCUUUGAGGAAAGUCAUGAAUCCCUCAAACUGAUCAAGAAAAGUGACUUCAAGAUUAUUGACUAG